AUGGCAUCAUCGACGCCGGCACCGCCGACGGCCGACGCCCCAGACGAACCGCAGAGCGACGGUUCCAAGCUCAGGACUUUUCUCGGAAUCCUCAAGAAAUUCAUCGGCGUUUCAGAUCUUGCUGCCGUCCGCUUCUCCCUCCCGUCACAGCUCCUCGAGCCGACGCCCAACCUCGAGUACUGGACUUACCUCGACGCCCCCAAUGCCUUUGUCGCCAUCGGCACCUCGGACGAGCCGCUGGAUCGCAUGCUCGAGGUUGUGCGCUUCUGGCUGACCAAAGACCUCAAGUACGCAAAAGGCCGGCCGUGCAAGCCAUACAACUCCUGUCUUGGCGAGUUCUUCAGGUGUAACUGGGAGACGGAAGAUAAUGCCCCGAGCAUCUACACAGCCCAGCUCCAAAAAGGGAGCGCCGGUUCGGCCAACGGGACGCCCUCCAAGCUCAAGGCCGCUGCUAAAGACGACAAGAACGCAUCCUCCGUCUCGCUCUCGGUGCCCCAGCACGCCCCGGCUGCCGACAGCUCCCCCCUCCGCAUUUCCUACCUCACCGAACAGACCUCUCACCACCCUCCCGUCAGCGCCUUCUACUGCACGUGCCCGGACAAAGGCAUCACCGCGCGAGGCUUCGACCAGAUCACCGCAAAGUUCACCGGCACUUCGCUCAAGGUCCUGCCUGGCGAGCACAACAUGGGCAUCUUCAUCACGCUCGACAAGCGUGAUGGUGAGACGUACCAGCUCACGCACCCCGCCGCGCAUCUGGGAGGUCUGCUACGAGGCAGUUUGAACGUCUCCGUCAGCGAGAUGGCCUACAUCUCGUGUCCGCAAUCGGGAAUCAAGACUAUUCUUCAUUACGUCGAGGAGGGCUGGCUCGGGCGGACAACCAACAAGAUUGACGGUGUCAUCUUCAAGUAUGACCCCGAAAAUGACGACAAGACGAGAGUCCAGGAUGUGCCCGAAAAGGACGUGCUGGCCAGGCUCAAUGGACCGUGGCGGGAGAAAGUCAUCUUCACCCUCGGACCUCGAGCAAUUAAAUCCGUGCCCCCCGAUGAGCAAUUCAUCAUCAUCGACCUCGGUCCCCUCACGGUUGCUCCCAAGGUCCUUCCUCCGCAGGACCAGCAGCUGCCCAACGAAUCGCUCAACCUAUGGUCCGGUGUGACGGAAGCCAUCUGCUCCAAGCAGUUCGCAAAGGCCACCAACCUCAAGAUCGAGCUCGAGGAGAGCCAGCGCGAAAAGGCUCGCGAACGCGAGAAGACGGGCGAGGAGUGGAAGCCCGUCUUCUUCGAACACGUCACAGGCAACGGCGGCAAGCCCGACCUGACGAACAAGGGCAAACUGGUCCUCGACCGGGCGCAAAAGGGCGAGUGGAGCAUGGACGGCAUAUUUUGA